AUGGCAGGCGACACACGGAGGCAAAGAGAGCCGGUCUCCCUUGCACCUGUGGCUCAUGGCCUGGAUAACAUGGGGGCUGAGUUCUUGGAAAUCAUGGAGGAAGGCCGGCUUCCACAGGGUAACUCAAGCUUGUCUGAGGGUGGAGGCAGCUGGGACAAAGCCUCGAAGCCCAUCUCCAGAUGGAGGAGUCUGCAGCUCACAGGGCGGGUGAGAAGCCUCUGCAGGGAGCACAAGCAGCUGUUUAGAUGGAUCCUCACAGGCCUGCUCUGCACCGCGUACAUUGCUUUCUUGAUCACCGCCUGCCUCCUGGACUUCCAGAGGGCCCUGGCCCUGUUGGUCAUCACCUGUGUGGUUCUCAGCUUUCUGGCCUAUGAUCUGCUGAAGAGGCUUCUGAGGUCCAGGCUGAGGAGGUGUGUGAAGUUUCAAGGCCAUUCUCAUCUGAACCUCUGGCUGAAAAGAGGUCUAGCCUUUGCUGCCAUCCUGGGCCUGAUCUUGUGGCUAUCUCUGGACACCUCUCAGCGGCCAGAACAGCUAGUGUCCUUUGCAGGGAUCUGUGUGUUCCUUGUCCUUCUUUUUGCUGGUUCCAAGCAUCACCGUGCUGUGUCAUGGCGGACUGUGUCCUGGGGCCUUGGGCUGCAGUUUGUGCUUGGCCUCUUUGUCAUCAGGACAGAACCAGGAUUUGUUGCGUUCCAGUGGCUAGGGGAUCAGAUCCAGGUCUUCCUGAGCUAUACCAUGGCCGGCUCCAGCUUUGUCUUCGGGGAGGCUCUAGUCAAGGAUGUCUUUGCCUUUCAGGUUUUGCCCAUCAUUGUUUUCUUCAGCUGUGUCAUGUCGGUCCUCUACUACUUGGGCCUCAUGCAGUGGGUGAUCCUGAAGAUUGCCUGGCUGAUGCAGGUCACCAUGGGCACCUCAGCCACGGAAACCCUGAGUGUGGCAGGAAACAUCUUUGUGAGCCAGACCGAAGCUCCUCUGCUCAUCCGGCCCUACCUGGCAGAUAUGACUCUCUCUGAAGUCCAUGUUGUCAUGACAGGAGGCUAUGCUACUAUUGCUGGUAGCCUCCUGGGCGCCUACAUCUCCUUUGGGAUUGAUGCUGCCUCCUUAAUUGCUGCCUCCGUAAUGGCAGCCCCUUGUGCUUUGGCCCUCUCCAAGCUGGUCUACCCAGAGGUGGAGGAGUCCAAGUUCCGGAGAAAGGAAGGAGUGAAGCUGACUUAUGGAGAUGCUCAGAACCUCCUGGAAGCAGCCAGCGCUGGGGCUGCCAUCUCAGUGAAGGUCGUUGCCAACAUUGCUGCCAAUCUGAUUGCCUUCCUGGCUGUGCUGGCCUUCAUCAAUGCUGCCCUCUCCUGGCUGGGGGACAUGGUGGAUAUCCAGGGACUCAGCUUCCAGCUCAUCUGCUCCUACAUCCUACGGCCUGUGGCCUUCUUGAUGGGCGUGGCCUGGGAGGACUGUCCUGUGGUGGCUGAGCUGCUGGGCAUCAAGCUUUUUCUGAAUGAGUUUGUGGCCUAUCAAGAGCUUUCCCAGUACAAGCAGCGACGCCUGGCAGGGGCUGAGGAGUGGCUCGGCGACAAGAAACAGUGGAUCUCUGUCAGAGCGGAAAUCCUGACCACAUAUGCUCUCUGUGGAUUCUCCAACUUCAGCUCCAUCGGCAUCAUGCUGGGAGGCCUGACCUCUCUGGUCCCUCAGCGGAGGAGUGACUUCUCCCAGAUUGUGCUCCGGGCGCUGAUCACUGGUGCCUUCGUGUCCCUGGCCAAUGCUUGUGUGGCAGGGAUCCUCUACGUGCCCAGGGGGCUUGAAGUGGACUGUGUGUCUCUUCUGAAUCAGACCCUCACCAGCAGCAGCUUUGAGGUGUACCAGUGCUGUGGCCAGGUCUUCCAGAACACCAGCUUGGAGUUCGGCCCAGAGGCACUGGACAACUGCUGUCUAUUUUACAAUCGCACAAUCUGCACAUAGCUGGAACUGAACAUCUUCCUGCCC